UUCUUUUAAAACGCCUCUUUAGCUUUCGGAUAAUUCAACCACCGGCUACCGGCACUCUCCGGUCACUCACCGUUCGCAAUAUAUACAACACUCUUAUUCUUUUCUCUAAACCCUAAUUCCUCUUUCUCUCUCUUUCUCUUUCUCUUUCUUUGGCCAUGGGAGACCGUGACGGAGCUUUCAAGGAAUUAGAAUCAAUCGAUGGCGCCGAUGCUCUUUUAACCUCUAAACGCUACAGUUGUUUUUGUUUCCCUUGCUUUGGACCAAGUCGGUCGGGUUCCGAUGAGCUUUCAUGGUGGGAACGGGUGAAGACGAAAGCAAAAUCCACCAAGUUUGAUAGCGAAGAUCAUCACUGGUGGACAGGCGGAAUCAGAUCCCUCAAGAAGCUUCGUGAAUGGUCGGAGAUCGUCGCCGGUCCGAGAUGGAAGACGUUUAUUCGUCGGUUCAAUAGGAACCGUCCGGCUACUGUUAAGCUUGGAAAAUUCCAAUAUGACCCUAUCAGUUACGCUUUGAAUUUCGACGAGGGGCAUAAUGGGGAUGUGGAUUUUGAUGGGGAUGAAUACAAUACUGGUGGUGGGUUUCAGAACUUCUCAGACCGGUUUGCUGCCAUCCCUCCGGCGCCUGUGAAAUCGUCUUCUUCUGCUGCGGUGAAUGGUUAGGAUACGGCGGCGAAGGCGAUGGUGAUGGGUCUUGUCUUCUCCGGUGAAGUUGAACGGGCGGUAUUUUUCAACUGAUGAGCUGGAAAUUGACUGUUUUGGAUGAAGUAGUAGGGAGGCGCCAAUGGCGUCGGUACGCGUGUUAAAGAAGAUAGUUUACUAUUUUUUUAAUGGGAUGACGUGUAGCUAAAUGAUUGGGUGGGUCUUUAUAUUCUUAUAGUUGAUAUAAUUUUGUUUUAUUCUUUUUCCAAUUAAAAAUUGUAUAAUUCCAAAUUUCACAGAGUUUUAUUUAUAUAAAUUCUUAUUAAUCGAUAGAGUGUGUAUUUAUUUUCUC